GACAAUCACUUUUUAACGGCGCUGUCUGCCAUCACUUAAGUCUCAACCAACUCACCAGAGGCCUGGAUAGUGUAUGUUAAAAGGAGUAAUAUAGAAAGUUUAUGAAUGUUUUGAUUUGUACACAAUCUGGGUUUUUACUGGCGAACUACUCUCACGAGAUUCAAAUCCAAUGUGUUGGCUUUUGAAGUGCCUAUUGGUGGUGUGUGUGUGGUGGACGGGUCAAGUGGAAUGUGGGAAGAACUACGCCAAUGCUCUGUCUAAAUCUAUUUUGUUUUUAAACACUCAAAGGUCCGGCAAGCUGCCAAUCAACAAUCCAAUUCCAUGGAGAGGAGAUUCAGGGCUAAAUGAUUGUGUGGUCGGAGGAUGGUAUGAUGCUGGUGACCACGUCAAGUUUGGACAGCCCAUGGCUUCAGCUGCUACAAUAUUGUUGUGGUCAUUAUACCGGUUUAAAGAUGCGUAUAGUUCUACCGCAACUCUGGACAGCAUGUACGACAUGAUCAAAUGGCCCCUGGACUACUUUCUUAACGCCUGGAAUGCAUCGGCUCAACAAUUCGUGGCCCAGAUUGGUGACGGUAACACUGACCACGCCUACUGGGGCCGACCUGAAGAUAUGACCAUGGUCAGACCGUGCAUAUAUAUCAAUACAACUUUCAAGGGCAGUGAUGUUCUGGGGGAGACAGUGGCAGCACUUGCAGCUGGGUCUAUAACUUUUCAAGCGAAAGGAGCUAUUUUCUACAGCGAACAACUUUAUUCUGCUGCCAAGAGCUUGUACGCGUUUGCAAUGGACAACAGGGGACUGUAUAACGGGUCACGUGGUUUCUAUGACUCCACUUCAGAGAGCGAUGAGAUGUGUAACGGGGCGAUGUGGCUGUACAGAGCGACCAACGACUCCACUUACUUGGACUACGCCAGGACACUAGCAGACUUUAAUGUCCCUUGGUCUUACGACUGGGACAAUAAGCAAGCCUCCUGCCUUCUGUUGUUGUAUGAAGAAACUCAUGAAGACAAGUACCAGCAGGCAUUGGUCAACUAUUUUGACUCUUGGUUACCUGGUGGAACAAUGGACUACACACCUUGUGGCCUGGCAUGGAGAUUUAAAUGGGGAUCUCUCAGAGAAAUGGCCAACACUGCAUUCUUAGCAUUGUUGGCGGCUGAGUCGGGAAUUCAGACUAUCAGACUACGUCAAUGGGCCGUGCAACAAAUCAACUACAUCCUAGGAGACAACAACUUUAACGGAGGCUGCUUCAGUUUUCAAAUUGGCGUCGGCAACAAGUAUCCCCUGCAACCACAUCACCGUGCAGCCUCUUGCCCCGACAAGCCGGCGCCCUGUGGCUGGGACAACUUCAAUUCGCCUUUGCCUAACCCACACGUUUUGCAAGGCGCCUUGGUGGGUGGUCCCCUUGUAGACGACAGCUACGAAGACAAACGUGAUAACUACGUCCUAAAUGAAGUGUCCACAGACUAUAACGCCGGCUACCAGGGAGCUUUAAGUGGACUACUCCAUCUCGAGAAUUUGAACAGUUUACCAAUUGUUGCCAGUAAAUGUCCUUGUUUGGAUUAGGUAAUAACAAGAAAACAUUUUUGAAUAAGUAACGAGGAACUCUUUCAUAUUUCUGUACACUAUAUAAAACAACGCCAAUGAUUAUGA